UGGCGCUGUAGGGACGUUGUUAUUGUUCCGUCGCUCUCAAAGAUCUUUCCGUUUCGACAGAGACUACGCGGAAAAACGGCCGGGUGUGUUCAUGCGGGCAUGAGAGGAACAUUUAGAGACAAUGUUACGAUCCACCGGCUUCUUCCGAGGGAUUGACUGUCCGUUUUACGCGGAGUACAGCGAGGAUAAAGGCAGCAGAAAUGGGUGCAACAGACCGUACUGUCACUUCAGACACAGCAAGCAGAGACGGGCUUCAUACGGAGCAGCAGCAGAUGUGAAGAAGCAGAGAGGUCUUCAGUCCGCACAGAAAGAACAAGGUUAUGAUCCUUUCAACCCAGAAGUUGUGAACCCCCAGGAUCAGCAGGAUGGAGACCUCAGCGGGGCUCUGGAGAUGGUCAACAAGGCCAUCGAGGAGGUCCGCAGUCAGGUGGAGAGGGAAAAGAGGAAGCUGUCUCGGAUUGGGGAUGAACCAUACAACCCCAGCAAAAGCGCCGGCAUGUCUUCGUCUGACGCUGUUAAAAGUAAAGCGCCACCUUCACACAUGGCCUACGACCCAGGGAGCUAUCAGAUGACAUCAGGAGGUUAUAAUCCCGCCCCAGGCUGCAGCAAGUACAGUUUGGAUUCAGACAAGCAAGGGAACCAUAGUAACUCGAUGGAAUAUGUUCCAACUUCGGUGAAAAAGGCUCCAUCUCGGAUACAAACACACCAACCCCCCUCUCCUCCCCCCAGUCCAAAGUACUCAAACAGCACAUCUUCCUCUAAGUGUAAAUACACGGUGGACAAUUCUAAACCGUCUACAGACAUGGAGUACGACCCGCUGUCCAACUACUCGGCAGGAAUUGCGGCGAAAAGUAAGAGAGAGGGAGGUGCAAAAGCUGUGAAAUCACACAAACUUCAAGGAUCGAACACGUCUGAUCAGGAGUAUGUCGUAGCUGCGAAAAAACCACGGCAGCAGGGUGUAGACUCCAAAAAGUACACUUUCUCUGACUCUGAUGGUGAGAGCUCUGGAACAGAGUAUCGACCCACGUCGCUUAGUAAUGUUCAGCAGAGGAAGGGCAACAGUAGUUCACUUUGGGACGCUGUAGGGAAGGAGAAAAAAGAAAGAACUGAAAGUAUGCUGAAUGCACUGACACAGAGGAACAAAGAGGACUCUGCAGGGGACUCUGACGUCCAGGAAUAUGUGAAGCACAAGGACCACACAGAGAAAAAGAAAGUAGCAGGUCAAUCUAGUUCAGACAAAAGAGGCAAAUCUGAGAAAGUGCAUAAAGCUGUAAAGGAAGUAAACAAAACAAGUGGUAGUAAGAGUGUUAGCAGCAGCAGCAGCAGCAGCAGCAAAGACAAAGAGUUAAUAAAGAACUCAAGCCAGGAUUCCGCAAAGAAGGAGAACAAGAGUCAUGAAAAAAGAGACGAUAGGAAAAACACAGCCAAGGUUAAAUCCUCUGAUAAAUCUCAGAGGGAAGGCAGAGAAGAAAAGAGAAGUGAUGGUAAGAUCAACGCUGCAGAAAACGUAAAAACAGACUCAAGAAAACGAGAUAAAGAUGCGGAAAACUUUGCAAGGGAAAGCAAGAAACUCAAGGUAUCAGACAAGGAAAAGGAACACAGCCGGUAUAAGGACCACAACCACAAAAAUGGUAAACUUGAUAGCUGUAAAAGACAAAAGGACCUAAAGAAAAAUAGCAAAAGCAGUCCUAGCAGCAGUAAUUCUAGUAAAGGUUGUUCUGCAAACAGUAAAGAAAAAGAGAAGCACAACAUCAGCUCUUCAAAUGGAAAGAAACUUGAGGGUAAACGGCGAAGUGCGAGUCUCAGCCAUGCUGAUCUGUUUGGAGACGAGAGUCCAGAGGAGGCCUCUCGGAUAAUGUUAGAGGAUUCGGAUGAAGAAGAAGAAGAAGUGCUGGUUAGAAAAUCUGCUGAUGCUUUAAAACGGGGACGUCUGAACAAGAGGAAAGCAUCAGAGCUGACUCCCUCUUCCUCUGACGAAGAGGUUGUUGGCGGGGUUGAAGACGACGCGGCAGGUAAGGACGAACUGGACGGUGUUGGAAUGGACUUCUCGAGUUUCCAGGACGACCUGGACUUUGACUCAGACCCGAUGGAGGAGUGUUUGCGGAUCUUCAAUGAGUCCAAGGACGUUAAGAGGGAAGACAAGGGAAGGCAAGCUAAACAGCCCUCCAGGGACAUAGAGGAGGAGAAAGACACAGAGAGCACUUUAACCACUCUCUUUCCUGGUCAAAAGAAGAGAGUGUCUCAUUGUGUUGCCAAAGGAAAUACUGAUGCACCUUCAAAGAGCGCAGUGCAGCCGUACAGAAGACUCACAGCGCAGGAAGUCUGUUACCGGCGUAUGCAGAUGGCUCAGCAGCAAGCUGCUCAGCUCUCUGCUUCAGUGAAAAGUUCCUCGCAGAGCUCCAGCCCCGGCUCCUCUGGAGAGAGGAAGAGGGUAGCACACCGUCCAAGCCCACAGAUACCAUCCUCCAAAACAAAUGUCAAACCAGUUGCCAAUCGAGUACUGUCCCCGAACCAGUCCCAUGAGACUGUGAAGCCCCAAACCACCGCAGGCAUCUUGUCUAAGACCUCGUCCACUGCCAUGCAGAGGAGGGUGGCACACACACCCACCAUGAAGAGUAGUUCCAUGAAACGACCCGUCAUCCCCACUGAGUUCGGGGCCAAAGUUCCCACCAACGUCCGCCAGCGCUACCUCACCACUUUCAUAGACGAAUGUGUCAAAUUCUGCCCGUCGGAGAAAGACGCCUUCCAGAUGGCCCUGGAUGAGGAGAAGCUGGUGUAUGAGCGCAGUAGCAGUAAGAACAUCUACCUCAAUGUAGCUGUCAACACCCUGAAGAAGCUCCGCGGCAAGAGCAGCUCCCGUCCGUCAGCUGUCCCCAAGGAUCCUGGAUCUGCUGCUAACAGGAAGGCUCAGUCCCAUGAGGAGGUCUUAGGAGGUCGCCUCGCUGCCACAACCAGCUUCACUGUCAACAGGACGGGUAAACAGCAGGAGGAGAAACUCAUCGGAGCCACACUGUACAAGAGGCUGCAGGCGUACCUGAUGACAGAGGAGCAGUUCCAGGAGAAUGGAUACCCGAGAACAAACCCUGAAUCUGCAGGCAGAGCUGUCAUUCACAACCUGCCUGAGAAAAAACCCGUUACAGACCCGUUCAACAAGGUUUGCUGUCGCUGUGGAGCGGAGUAUAAAAUCAACGUCAACGGCAGCUGUGUUCGUAAAGAAGAAUGUACCUUUCACUGGGGACGUCUGCGCAGACAUAAAGUGUCUGGAGGCUGGGAGACAAACUACAGCUGCUGUGCUGCGGCUGUGGGUGGUCCAGGAUGCCAAGUUUGCAAGCAACAUGUUCAGGACGGGCGUAAAGAGUCGUUAGAUGGUUUCGUCACAACGUUCAGUAAAGCUCUCCCACCUGAUGGCAACGGAGGGGUGUUUGCUUUGGACUGCGAGAUGUGUUAUACAAAGCAGGGCCUGGAGCUGACGAGGGUGACCGUCAUCGACUCUGAGAUGAAGGUCAUUUAUGACACAUUUGUCAAACCAGAGAGCAAAGUGGUUGAUUACAACACACGGUUUUCAGGUGUGACGGAGGAGGACUUGGAGGACGUCACCAUCAGUCUGAGAGACGUUCAGGCUGUGCUACUUAGUAUGUUCAGUGCUGAAUCCAUCCUUAUAGGACACAGUCUGGAGAGCGACCUGCUCGCUCUGAAGCUGAUCCACAGUACAGUCGUAGACACGGCCAUCGUGUUCCCUCACCGCCUCGGCUUACCCUUCAAACGCGCCUUGCGGAACCUGAUGGCCGAUCACCUCAAACGCAUCAUCCAGGACAACGUGGAGGGCCACGACUCAAGCGAAGACGCCUCUGCCUGCAUGGAGCUGAUGGUUUGGAAGAUCAAGGAGGAUGCCAAGCUCAAAAGAUGACCUCUGACCCCUUUACUCUCUCCUUUUCCACAGUUAAGCUUCCUGCAUUCAUGAUAGUUACAGGAAGAAAGUUAAGGGUAUCUGCUCCCAGAGAGUGAAGGACAGAGUAUGGAUGUUGCUGCCUAAUGAAUAAAAAAACCAGUCAGUCAAAGCAAUAGGAGCCUGAAUAAACAGUCUUUUUUCAUUUUCUUCUAGGUAUUUCUGUUCUAAAUAACAUUACUUUAAAUGUAUUCCUGUUUAUUUGAGACAUGUCUUUUGAGGCCUCAAACAUUUUAUGGAUAAAACUUUUCUAUAUAGCGAAAAUACCGGGGCAUUUUCCACUCAAUGGUCAUGACUGAUAUGAUAUUUAUGGCAGGCUGUAUUUCAGCCUUAAUUGCACUAAAGAAAAAGCUCUUGUUUUAUAGAGCCUGAGUCUUGAGUACCUCAUCUGUGUUACAAAGCAUUGACUUCUAAUGAAUAACACGUUACAUGUUGUUAGGUACACGAAAGUGCAUUGAUGUCUAAGUGUGUUGAACAUUAUUCUGUAAAUGCACUUGGGUUUUUUUUGUUUUUUUCACUUUGCACCUCUUUUUUUUGUCACUGAUGCUCUGUUUAUUAUGCGUUUCUUAUCCAGGUUGUUGGUCAUCCCUUGAAUCUGACUAAUUCUAUAAUACUUGAUCAUACAAAAAGCUCUCUGCUUCUUACCUAUUUACUUGAUAGAAUAUAUCACUGUACUUCAUAGUUCAGAUAAAACAUAGUUCAGACAAGACCGCCUGCAUGAAAAAGACCAUUAGGAAUCAUUGUGAUAGCAGCUAUGACAUGUUAUUCCUCCAUUAUGACACAAAAUGAGAAUCAGUGUUGUUAAAUUAGGACUGUUGAAUACAUACAAUUAUCAUUUAGUGAGUACCAGCUAACCUGUGCAGUUUUAUGUUCAAUUUGACUGAAAAAAAAGUACUUGAGUGCUCUAAAUACGCUGUAAGCAUUUUCCUUUUUUAUAUGUUCUUUUUUUCUGUUGUUUAACUUUUUCUAUUAAAAAGUAUUAGUCAAAAGAA